GUAGGACACUGCAAACAGGCAAAGCACAAGGCUCUGAGGGCUGGAGUGGGGCGGGGGUGAGGGAGCCGGCGGUUUGGUGACGGGGCUUGGGGCCUGCGCUGGGGCCACGGGCCCUCCCGGCCAGGCUGACAGCCGCCCUCGGGCCACCGCGGCCGCGCCCCCUCCGCCCAGCGCCCGGAGGGGGAAGGGAGGGGGCCCGGGGAGGACCGUGUGAAAAUGAGGCCCGGGGCUCGGGGGCCGGGCGGGGCCGGGCCGGGGGUGUCAGAGCACAGCGGGCAGGGCGCCCGCACACACCUCCCGGAGCCGCCGCCACGCUCGCCGCCUCUGCCCGCAGCCGCCGCGCCAUUCAUGGGGGGCUUGGGCCGCGGCUGUCCCGGGACCGCCCGGGCGCUGCUGCUGCCGCUGCUGCUGCCGCUGCUGCUGACCACCGCCAUCCCGCCCGGCCGGGGCCUCUCCCCGGGACCGCCAGAAGAUGUGGACGAGUGUGCCCAAGGGCUGGAUGACUGCCACACCAACGCCCUCUGUCAGAACACACUCACCUCCUACAAGUGCUCCUGCAAGCCUGGCUACCAGGGAGAGGGCAGGCAGUGUGAGGACAUUGAUGAAUGUGAAAAUGAACUCAAUGGAGGCUGUGUCCAUGACUGUUUGAAUAUUCCAGGCAAUUAUCGCUGCACUUGUUUUGAUGGCUUCAAGUUGGCUCAUGAUGGUCAUAAUUGUCUUGAUGUGGACGAGUGCCUGGAGAACAAUGGCGGCUGCCAGCACACCUGUGUCAACGUCAUGGGGAGCUAUGAGUGCCGCUGCAAGGAGGGAUUUUUCCUGAGUGACAAUCAGCACACGUGCAUUCACCGCUUGGAAGAGGGUCUGAGCUGCAUGAAUCAGAAUCACGGCUGUAGUCACAUCUGCAAGGAGGCCCCAAGGGGCAGCGUUGCCUGUGAGUGCCGGCCAGGCUUUGAGCUGGCCAAGAACCAGAGAGACUGUGUCUUGACCUGUAACCAUGGAAACGGUGGGUGCCAGCACUCAUGCGAGGACACUGCUGAAGGCCCCGAGUGUAGCUGCCAUCCACAGUACAAGAUGCAUGCAGAUGGGAGGAGCUGCCUCGAGCGAGAAGACUCUGCUCCGGAGGGGACAGAGAGCAAUGCCACGUUGGUGGUGGACGGCGACAAGCGGGUGAAGCGGCGGUUGCUUAUGGAAACGUGUGCUGUCAACAAUGGAGGCUGUGAUCGCACCUGUAAGGAUACUUCGACAGGUGUUCAUUGCAGUUGUCCUGUGGGAUUCACACUCCAGUUGGAUGGGAAGACCUGUAAAGAUAUCGAUGAGUGCCAGAGCCGCAAUGGAGGUUGCGAUCAUUUCUGCAAAAACACCGUGGGCAGUUUUGACUGCAGCUGCAAAAAGGGAUUUAAAUUAUUAACAGAUGAGAAGUCUUGCCAAGAUGUGGAUGAAUGCUCUUUGGAUAGGACCUGUGACCACAGCUGCCUCAACCACCCCGGAACAUUCACAUGUGCUUGCAACAAAGGGUACACCCUCUAUGGCUUCACCCACUGCGGAGACACUGAUGAGUGCAGCGUCAACAACGGGGGCUGUCAGCAGGUGUGUGUGAACACAGUGGGCAGCUACGAAUGCCGAUGCCACUCCGCGUACAAGCUCCACUGGAAUAAAAAAGACUGUGUGGAGGUGAAGGGGGUCCUGCCCACUAGCGUAUCACCCUAUGUGUCCCUGCAUUGCGGUAAGAGUGGCGGAGGAGACAGGUGCUUCCUCAGAUGUCACUCGGGCAUUCACCUCUCUCCAGGACUGCAAGAGGCCUACUCUGUCGCCUGUGGCUCUUCCUCUUCUCUCAGGAGCAAACAGCAAAAAUCAAAUGACUCAGCUUUCGGGGAUGUCGCCACCAUCAGGACAAGUGUAACCUUUAAACUAAAUGAAGGCAAGUGUAGUUUGAAAAAGGCUGAGCUGUUUCCCGAGGGUCUGCGACCAGCACUACCAGAGAAGCACAGCUCAGUAAAAGAGAGCUUCCGCUAUGCAAACCUUACAUGCAGCUCCAGCAAGCACGUCCCGGGAGCCCCUGGCCGCCCAAGCACCACUAAGGAAAUGUUUAUCACUGUUGAGUUUGAACUUGAAACUAACCAAAAGGAGGUGACAGCUUCUUGUGACCUGAGCUGUAUCGUCAAACGAACAGAGAAGCGGCUCCGGAAAGCCAUCCGUGCACUCCGGAAGGCUGCCAACAGGGAGCAGUUUCACCUCCAGCUCUCAGGCAUGGACCUGGAAGAGGCAAAAAAGUCUCCCAGGACACCUGAACACCGAGUGCAGUCCUGUGGAGUGGGUCAGGGCCGCGCAGGAAACCAAUGUGUCAGGUGCAGGGCUGGGACAUAUUAUGAUGGAGAACAAGAACGCUGCAUUUUGUGUCCAAAUGGAACCUUCCAAAAUGAAGAAGGACAAAUCACAUGCGAACCUUGCUCACGACCAGAAAAUCCUGGAGCCCUGAAGACUCCAGAAGCUUGGAAUGUAUCCAAAUGUGGAGGUCUGUGCCAACCUGGGGAAUAUUCUGCAGAUGGCUUUGCACCCUGCCAGCUCUGUGCCCUGGGCACAUUCCAGCCUGAGGCCGGCCGCACUUCCUGCUUCCCCUGUGGGGGAGGCCUCCCCACCAAACACCUGGGAGCCACUUCCUUCCAGGACUGUGAAACCAGAGUUCAGUGUUCACCUGGACAUUUCUACAACACCACCACUCACCGAUGCAUUCGCUGCCCAGCAGGGACAUACCAACCUGAAUUUGGAAAAGAUAACUGUGUUUCUUGCCCAGGAAAUACUACCACUGACUUCGAUGGCUCCACAAACAUAACGCAGUGUAAAGACAGAAGAUGUGGAGGGGAGCUGGGAGAUUUCACCGGAUACAUUGAAUCCCCAAACUACCCAGGCAAUUACCCAGCCAACACCGAGUGUACAUGGACCAUCAACCCACCGCCCAAACGCCGAAUCUUAAUUGUGGUCCCUGAGAUCUUCCUGCCCAUAGAAGACGACUGUGGAGACUACCUGGUGAUGCGGAAAACCUCUUCAUCCAAUUCUGUGACAACAUAUGAGACCUGCCAGACCUACGAACGGCCCAUCGCCUUCACCUCUAGAUCAAAAAAGCUGUGGAUUCAGUUCAAGUCCAACGAAGGGAACAGUGCCAGGGGCUUCCAGGUCCCUUACGUGACGUACGAUGAGGACUACCAGGAGCUCAUUGAAGACAUAGUUCGAGAUGGCAGGCUCUAUGCCUCUGAGAACCAUCAGGAAAUACUGAAGGAUAAGAAACUGAUCAAGGCUCUGUUUGACGUCCUGGCCCACCCCCAGAACUACUUCAAGUACACAGCCCAGGAAUCCCGGGAGAUGUUUCCAAGAUCCUUCAUCCGAUUGCUGCGUUCCAAAGUGUCCAGGUUCUUGAGGCCUUACAAGUGAGCCUGCCCACGGGACCCCCGGUGACACGUUCUGCCUGUGGGCUGGUGGGACACAGCUGUCUGCCUCUGCGGCCAACAUAGUUGGAUAUUGCUGCCUCCCGUAGCAGUGACUCAUUAGAGUUCAAUUUUUAUAGAUAAUACAGAUAUUUUGGUAAAUUGAACUUGGUUUUUCUUUGCCAGCAUUGUGGAUGUGGACCGAGAAUGGCAGUGAGUCCCACCACCUCUCACUGCUGUGGGCAGAGGUCUUAGAGCAUCAGGAGCUGGCUGAGCGGGACUCUAGUCAGCUCAGGCAAGACUCACCAGUCCCUCCUGCUUCUCACUCCUCCUCAAGGCCUCCUCAGAGGCCGUGGUGGAAAGGAGGCCACAAAAGGGGCUGCUUUGGCUGAAACUUCAGCUUCCUCCUGCCCGGCUCUCCCUAAGGGAGCCCUCUGCACCGAGGCUGUGACCGGCAGAGCAGGAAGGGAGGAAGGGAGAGAGGGAAGAAGGGAGAGUGCUCCAGGCACCAGGCCUCACCUAAGACCUGGGAGGAUUCCGUUUCCCUGUGGCCUUCUCCAGCCUGUGUGACCUUCGUUGGAUGCCAGGAACUUGGGUUCUAAGCAGUGAUCAUUAAAAAAAGUACUUAAAACAGAAAGAAUUAGAGAUAAAAAGAUAAAAACUAAGCACUUCCAGAGACAUAAUCCGAUAGUUCUAGGGAUGGCCUUCCUUGUGUCCAGCUUCUGCUCGGCGGCAAAUGCACAGUGCUGGUUUUAGCACCUUCAGCUGUCUUUCUGGUACCCUGCUUGGCACGGUGUUAGGGCCUGGAGAGUUCAGGGCGGACUUGAUCUCUUUGGUGGAUGAGAAUCACCUACAGUUAGGAGAAGUACUGCCUCACAAACCCCGAGUUUCUCUUAACCAUCACACCACCACCAGAGGCAGCUACACAAAUCCCGCUCUCUAGGUAUGCGGUCAACACUGGGUCAGCACAGUGGGGCUUCACAGUCAUUUUCUCCCACAGAAUCUAGAACUUUAAAUACCAGUUAAUUUUUACAAAUUUAAAUCCAUAAGUAAGUAUCUUACUACAGUGAAUUAAAAAAAAAAAAAAAUCCUAUCAAACAAGCUGCCAUUCCCGAGGGGACUGAGAACAAACAACUAUGAUGUUGUUACUUCAGUAACAGACUAACUCUGGACACA